CCGGAGCGCGGCGAGGAAGGAGGCCAGUGGCUGAGCUCUCAGGCAGAGACGGGCGGGACGUACCCAGACACACACACGCACCAAGCCAGGACAAAGCGGGGAGCUGGCUGUGGGGCUGGGGCGCACGGAUCCCCGCGGGGCUGCUGGCCCAGAGGCGAGGCGGCUCUGGCUGCUCGGGGACCGUCCCUCCGGGGGCCGGGGGGCGCCGCGAUGGAGCAGAGAGGCGGCGGCGGCGGUGGCCGGGCUGCGCGGCGGCUGCUGCUCGGGGACAAGCGAGGACCCCGCCCGGCGCCGGCAGCUGUAGCCGCCCGGGGCGCUCGCCGCGCCUGAGCCGCCCGCUCCAUCUCCGGUCAGACCCGCGCUGCGGACCCGACCCGGCUGCAGCCCCGCGCCCGGGGCCAUGAGGACCAGACCCCCCUAGCGGGAGCCAGGCCAGCGGCUGAGGGGGGGGGAUGCCCCGGCCCCCAGCGAAGUCAGGCGAGGCGGAGACCGAGUCCCGUCCGGGGGGCCCCCAGGGGCGCAGGGAGUGAGCCCCGCCCGGGCACCCAGGGGCGAUCGUCGGCGGGCGAGAAGAAGGGAAGGCGAACGUGUGUGAGGGAGGCGGGAGCUUUCCGGGGGCUCGUCCCAGCUCCCACCCAGUGCGACGAUGAGUGCUGGCUCGAUCGAGCAGGAGCCGUCGCGCAAGCUGGCCUGCUGCGGAGUGCCCCUGAUCACUGAGGACAUGCAGUCGCUGGCCAUCCGCACCCUCUCCGGCUCCGACAUCAACAAGCACUAUGACCUCAUCCGCGAGCUCGGCAAGGGCACCUACGGCAAGGUGGACCUGGUGUCCCACAAAAGCACAGGCACCAAAAUGGCGCUGAAGUUUGUGAACAAGAGCAAGACGAAGCUGAAGAACUUCCUGCGGGAGUUCAGCAUCACCAACACGCUCUCCUCCAGCCCCUUCAUCAUCAAGGUCUUCGACGUGGUCUUUGAGACUGAGGAUUGCUAUGUCUUCGCUCAGGAGUAUGCGCCUGGCGGGGACCUCUUUGACAUCAUCCCGCCACAGGUGGGCCUCCCCGAGGACAUGGUGAAGCGCUGUGUGCAGCAGCUGGGCCUGGCCCUGGACUACGUGCACAGCAAGAACCUGGUGCACCGGGACAUCAAGCCGGAGAACGUGCUGCUCUUUGACCGCGACUGCCGCCGGGUCAAGCUGGCCGAUUUCGGCAUGACCCGCAAGGUGGGCUGCCGGGUGAAGCGCAUCAGCGGAACCAUACCCUACACGGCGCCCGAGGUGUGCCAGGCCGGCCGGGCCGAGGGCUUCGCGGUGGACACCAGCAUAGACGUGUGGGCCUUCGGGGUGCUCAUCUUCUGCGUCCUGACCGGCAACUUCCCCUGGGAGGCAGCCGCUGCCUCGGACACCUUCUUUGAGGAAUUUGUGCGGUGGCAGAAGGGGCGCCUGGCAGGCCUGCCGUCCCAGUGGCGGCGCUUCACAGACAAUGCCCUGCGCAUGUUCCAGCGCCUCCUGGCCCUGGACCCCGAGAAGCGCUGCCCCGUCAAGGAGGUCUUCUACUUCAUCAAGUACGACCUGAUGUCGGAGGUGCGCCGCCGGCCCUCCUACCGCUCCCGCAAGCAUGCCGGAGAUAAGCUCUCCGCCGGCCCCCAUCGCCAUGAGACGCCCAGCUCCUGCACCCCCACCCCACUCAAGAGAACCAUCCUGACGGAAGGCAGCGGCCCCCGGCUCUCCGCCUCCGAGCCAGGCCUGUCCUCCCCGGGGGGAGCUAGCCGGACGGACGGGCGGCAGGACAAAGGCAAAGGGCAGAUGGUCCUGGCCACAGCAAUAGAGAUUUGUGUCUGAUGAGGGCUCAGCGGGAAUGAGGGGGCAGCUGGUCAUCAUGACCCCGCUCCGCUCUGUACAGCCUGCAACGAUGAUGUCAGCACCCCUGCCUCCCCGCCCCACUGGCGAAUGGGGUUCAGGGGGGAGGGGAUUCCUUUUUUGUGUGAAAAGGGACCAGGAGCCAUGUCUCCCGAAGCAAAAAAUACUCACACUGCUAGUACUCACUGAUACUGAGGCUGCGACGUAUAGCUAACCCCUGGAGGAAAGGCCAGAGUGCAGACACAGAGCCAGGCAGAAAGGCCCCGGCUUGGCGGCCGGGAAGGACCCUGUGUGGCAUGGUGGCCCCUCCCCCUCACGUCUUCCAUGAUUGGGCUGGGGGCUGCUUCCCCGGGCACUCUGCACUGCGCCCCCCCUUUUUCAGUGGGGCAUGGGAGGAGCGCUGAGGCUCUUCCCAUUGUUGGGGGUGGGCAGGGACUUUCACAGGGAUGAGAGCGGGAAGACACAGGGGUGCGGGAAGGAGGGAAUCGGCACCCAGUCUUGGACAAAUGGAUGGGUGACCAUCUUGUGAGCAGCAGGGGCUCAGCAGGGAUGUCACAGCCAUCGGGCGUGUGGGUGGGGUGAGGGGUAGGAUGGCGUGGGGGGUGGUUUGUAGUUAAUAAGCAACAAGGCUGCAGCAGGCGUGUGGCUCUGGGGGUCACCGGGAUCCCCUAUCACUGUCAAGGCUUGAUACGCGAACUAGUGCAUUGUUCCCUGGGGCAGGGUGGGUGCUGGGGCUCUGAGCAGGGCUCUUGCUACAGGAUCCCGGUAAGAGAGCAUGGGGCCAGCACCGUCCAGCGGGCACUGCAGCAGCGUUGCCCUCCAGCGCUGCCCGCUGUCGCUCUUUCGUUGGCUCUUUGUGUCUGUGCUCAGGCCCGGGGACUCUCCUGUGAUUUCCCUGGGGGGGGGCGGGGGCUGGCAGGGUGGACUCGUAGGGUUUGAGUGGAAGGCUCAUGAGCCCAGUCUGUGGAGGAGGCCUUUGGAGAGAUUGUGGGGGGCAGCGUGCACCAGCCUGUUUAAUACCAAGCAGGCUGGGGUCUGCCCCUUUUGCCUCAUCCCCGUCCCCCACUGCUAUCCUGCUUGGAGGGUGGCCUGUGAUGGGGAGCAGGAGAUAAAGAGGAAACCAAUAAGCCUGGUUGAGCCACUGACCCUGUCAGUGGCUGUAAAGGGGGUGUUCUCAGGGCCAGUUCUCUGACAGCCUGAGCCCAGCCAUGCCCAGGGCACUUCCCCCAGGGGUGGGGACUCGGGCAGCCCCAGCUCCUGCUGCUCCCCUCCUUGCUGAGGGAUCCUGAGGGAAUGCCUCUCUCUGCCAGUGGGGGAAGCAAGUGCUAAAUGUAGCAAAUGUCGGUGUGUUCCAUGUGUCACUGUGUGUCGGGCCCGCUGGGCCCGGCUGUUGUCACCAUCACCCUUCCCAGGGAACAGCCUCUCCCUGUCCCUGACCCCAGUGGGUCAGCGGGGCACUGGGACCCAUAUGGGGAGCAAGGGGGCAUAGAGCAUGAUGUCUUGUGAGGAGCAGAGAUCUAACCCAUUCGGUUUUAACUGGAGGGACAUGGGCAGCAGGAGAGCCGCCAUCAGGCUCCGGAUCCCCUGCUCCGUGGGGUUCUUGUGGCUGCAGUGGUUAGAAAGGCUCUCAUCAGCAUGCAGUGCCAGGCCAUAUGGGGCUGGGGCUUGGAUGGCAGGGGCCUGGGAAGGGAUGCUCACAGAUACCCCUGAUGAGCUUGGCCUGGCACCUGCUUCCUGGGCUGGACGGCUCUUGCUUGCCGUCAAUGGGACUCCCUGGGGAGGAGGUGCAUGCUGGUGGAAGGCUCAGGGGACAGGUGAGGUCAGCCUGAAAAAACCAGCUGGUGGGGUUGCCCAAGGCAAACCAGUAGGCAUUGGCGUGGGGGUUGGCACAGCACCCACCACUUAGAUGGAUGCAUUGGAGCCAAACCCCAAGUGGUGGCCAGAAAGGAAAGCUAUUAACUGCCCGCAAAGUCUGGCCAGUUGCCACGACAAGCUGAAGGCAGCAGGGGGUGCUGGAGAGAAGAGAUGGAAGGCAGUGGUGCUGUCAGGGCAGGCAAGAGCCCUGUGUCCAGGGUGCUCUGGAUGACUCACCGUGCACUGCAGCCAUACUGCACUGAGAGCGGCAUGAAGGGCUGGGUGGGACUGCAGGGAGGCAAUGCCCUGGGUAUGCCAGGCGCUGCUGUAACAUGUGCCCCUGGGGAGAUGGGCUUUGCCGCUGAGCUUCCCUGGCCUCUAGAAUGCCUCCGCUUAGACCCAGCCCACACCCGAGCUGCUGGCCAGCUCCCAGCCCUAACCCUCAGUGCCCCACCAGUGCCACAGUGCGCCCUAUUCAGCCACUGUGAUAACCUGUGCCAGCUUGCUCUCCCCUAGCCAGGGCACCGCUGGGAGCCCACUCACUGCCAACAGAUGCCCAUGGCAAGGCCGUUUGAUGGAGGCACAGACAUAUCUAGGGCAGUAGCUUCAGUGGCUUGGGAACACGGAGGUGGAAAUGACCCUCCCACCCCCAACAUUGUCACCUCUUAACGUGAGCCUUCCACAGCUAUGGGCUGAGUGGGGCAGGUGGCUGUGUUUCCCUGGCGUGCUGGAGCCUGCUAGCACCCCACCUGCCCAAAGCCUGUAUAUAGCCCAGUGAUGGGAGCUGAGCUUCAUCUCCCAGCUGUGCUCAGCUGUUCUGUAGCUGUGGGAUCAACCCGCCCAAGUACCUGCAUUACUGGGCUAUGUUGUGACAGGAGCAGGAGGCUGAGUGGCAUCUGCUGACUCAGUUGGUCCCAGCUCGGUCACUGGCAGGCAAGGUUUGCAAACCUCAGUGUGGCCAAAGGAUGGUGGGGAGUCCCCAGUCCCAUGGUAGUGGCAGGGUGCCAGCGGCAGGCCCAGGGCGACUGCACUGCCAGAGCAUACCGGGAGACUGACCUGUGACAAGCAGGGUCGCACUGAGAUGGGAGGGUGCAGGUAGGAGGUGUCUGAGAGCUGGGAGGUGUUUGUGCAUGUAAUGAGAGGUAUGUAUGUGAUGGGAGAGGUGUGUGUGUGUGUGUGUGAGAGAGAGAGAGAGAGAGAGAGAGAGAUGAGAGUGUGAGGUCGGAGUAUGUGUGUGUGUGAGCGAGAAAGAUGGGAGGGUGAAGAGACGGAGGGGAUGUGAGAUGUGUGUGUGUGAAAGAGAGGUGUGUGUGUGGGAGAUGGGAGGUGUGUGAGAGAGACGGGAGGGGUGUGUGUGUGUGUGUGUGUGAGAGACAGGAGGGUGUGUGAGAGAGAUGGGCGUGUAUGUGAGCAAGAAAGAGAUGGGCGGGUGUGUGUGCAUGGGAGGGUGUGUGUGUGAGAAAUGGGUGCGUGUGCAUGAGACACAGGACAGAGAGGUGGUGUGUGUGUGUGUGUAAGAGAGAGAGAGACGGGAGGGUGUGUGUGUGUGUGUGUGUGUGUGUGUGAGAACGAGAGAUGGGCAUGUGUGUGUGAGAGAGAUGGGUGGGUGGGUGUGAGGGGGAGGGAUGGAUAUAAGCACUUCUCUGAUCUGCUGUUGAAUCAGACCUGGAGGCCGGAGUUGCCUUCUCCAUGGGCAAGUUGGGGAAGGGCCUUAGCAGGUCCAAUCAGUAACUAACCACCCCAGGGAUGCAUAGGGAACCUGCCUGGCUGGCUCUGGAGCAAGGGGGCUGAAUGCCCAGCCCAGAGCCUUGGUGAGGGAUAGAAUUAACAGAGUAUGGGUGCUUCAGAGCCAGAGAGGUCCUGUAGGCGUUGGGGGGGGGAGGGAGGGUUCGGGGGGGAGGAGCAGGAAAGCAGUUCAUUGCAGAGUCCUAGGCCAUACACAAACAUGGGUCCCAGGCCCUGAGGGGGUGUUGGGCUUCUGCCAAGAGGUGUCCACAGGGUCAGCUCAGCUGCCUACCACAGACUCAUGUCUGCUGUCUCCCAGCUUCGGUCCCGAGCAGAGGGUCCUCAGGGUACUGGAAGAACAAGGCAUAUGGGCUCUUUCCCAAUCAAGGGCAUGCACCAAAGGGAUUUCCUCCUGAGCGCAGGGACUAUAGGUCCCUGUCAUCCCACAGGGGGGCUUCACUUGCCCCCAUGACCUGCCAUGCACCCACCCCACCUGCACCUCAGGGCUGAUCUUCCCUGCAGAGCUAACACUGGCGACAGGUGGGGUGUUCUCACUGCCCAGAUUCUCCUAGCCCGGUGUGAACAGCCACUGCAAAGCCAGAUGCAGCUACGUGUGGUGCUGCGCUCGCUGUAUGUGUCGCUAGGGCUUCUGCGGUGGCCCAUCCCAUGGUGCUUUGCACUGCAGCGAGCUGAGCCACUGUCUAUGAUGCUUUCCCAGUGAAUUGUGGGGAACCUGUCUGCCCUUCUGGGCACAUGAGGGGAAGGGGGUGGGAUUGUGGGAUGGUCGUUGGAGGACUAGCAGAACAUGAGUGGUUUAGCUGCAGUCCUCACUGCAAAGUGGGCAGGUUACCAGUCCAAGCGUAAUCAGCACCUAGGUUUUAGCUUAUAGCCCAGGCCAGCUAGCCCAACUGUAAAGCACCAUCAGGCUUGUGUGGGGAAGGGCGGGUGAGGCGAGUAGGUGCCUGGGUUAGCACUGCAGCAAAGACAGACCCCUGUCAAGCAUCUGGCUCGGCCCCCUUGCCUGUGGCUUGCAGUGUGGGCACAAACAGGGUCAGUCCUGCCACCCGGCUGGCUGAGGGCCGGACACUGUUGGGGCUUUAGUGGCACAGAGCUGUGCUGCCCACCCUUCUGUCCUCCCCUCCCCGCCCUGUCCCAGACUCCCCAGGGCUGGCUGCACUCCCCAGGGGCCAUGGCAGGGGCCAUUUCAGGGGCCAUUUCAGGGGAGGGGAGUUGGACUGGCUGAGUGGAGGUGUUGGUCUGGCAAGCAGCUCCCGCCCCCCAGCCCCGGCCUCUGGGCACGGCCCAACUCACUCAGCACUGCACAAAGGGCUAUCACGCUAUUAAGCAGCAACAGCAGUUUACAAACAGACACCAGGAGGGCAGGCACGGUCCAAGCCCCGCACCUAAUACGCAGGGGGCACCUGACAGCCAGUGCCACCGGACUUCAGCAGAAAGCGAGGGUGUGUCUUCUGUAUAACCAUUGCCGGCCACAGCACACACCCAACCCUGGCCUCCUUCCCCACCACUGCUAGAGCGCCAUGGUGACUCUCCAGAACCUCUGGGUACAGUAUCCAAGGGGCACCAUGUCUGAUAGCCCAUUGCUCCAUCCCUUGGCAGGACUGAUCCACUCAAACAACUACCUAUCCAUGGUGAGGAAGGGACAGCAUCUGAGAGGCUUCUCCCACCCUUCAGACUAGCAGCCUGCUGACCCCUGGAUCUUCCUUUGUGUCGCCAAUCCUGUCCAUCGGUCCUCUUCCCCCACCCCCACCGUUACAACACCCAGCGUCGCCCCUCCUUCUCAGCAGUCCACGUUUUGGGGGAACGCAACCCAUUUGCCCUCCUGUUUAGGUGUCACCCCGUGCUUUGGGGAAGACCAGGGCUCGAGUAUUUUUUAGAGGUAGCAUUGCACAGAUUUAGAUAAUAGAGCCGCAAUUUCUCCUUUUUGCCUUAGGUCCCUCAAUGUCCUUGAUCUUUCGUGCAAUAAUGUAGAUAAGGAAUAAGAACACCACAUAGAACUUUUUUUAUUUUUCCGGUUGGUUCGUUGAUUUUCAGGGUGUGCGUGAGAUAUUUUUUCUGUUGCAUUGUUGUUAUUAGGUUGUCGAGGGGGGGUAAUUCCUUCGUCUGUCAGGUUUUGGAUAUUCUUCCUGUAGGAGAGAUUAUAGUGUCACAGGUGUUACCUCAGUUACUGUCACUGUUAAAAAGAAAAGAAAAAUUAAAAAAUGACAAAAAAAAAACAACAAAAUGGAUAUAU